GGACACAAAUAUCGUCCCAAAACAAUCUCGGUUUCUUUCAACCAACCCCGUUUUCUCUCCAAAAUUUCAACCACAUGACGCUAAAAAAUGGUUUACUCGUUGAAACGUAUGCAGACGCGCGCGAAAUCGAAGACGUAUCCAUGUUUAAGAUGCGGGGCGAAAACAAUAACAUUCUUGUUUUGGGCCACGCUCUAUAUGGUUGUUAUGAAGAUGACCGUGUUCAAGAGCAGUGGGACUGUCCCGGCGAAGGACUGGUCGGCGGUACCUGACAACUACACCAAGUGGCUGAUUAACGGGCCGGUUCUGGGUGAUGACAAAGACUCGAACACGAUAGAGGAAUGGCAGGAGCCAGACAACGAAACUAUGAUCGAACUAGAAAAAAGGUUGGACAACGUCAAAAAAGUUUGCCGUUCCAAAGCCCUCGAGAAGCAAACGAUCAACAAUAAAGAGUUCUUCAUAGACCACGCACACAAUCUCGUCUGGUGCAAUAUAUUCAAAGCGGCGAGUUCGUCUUGGCUGUAUAAUUUUAAUAUUUUAGGUGGUUACGACAAAAAGUUUUUGGCGCGAACCAGGCAUACCCCAUUGACUUUGGCGCGGAAAAAGUUUCCCAGACCGAGCAUUGAGGAACUCGAGGACGCCGUCAAUACUCCGGGGGUGGUAUCGUUGCUUGUGGUUCGCGAACCGUUCGUCAGACUCCUGUCUGCCUACAGGGACAAACUCGAGAACAUAUCCCCACCCUACUACAGAAAACUGGCUCGAGAGAUCGUGUCAAAGCACAGAGAGGAGGCGACCAAAGUUUUGGGACCCAUAAAAUCCUUCGGCCCAACGUUCUACGAGUUCGUCGCGUACUUGACCGCGCAACACCAUUCGAACGCUGCAACAUUCGACGAGCACUGGGCACCAUACUACAAGUUCUGUUCGCCGUGCGCGCUAAAUUUUAGCGUCAUAGCCAAAGUGGAAACUUUAGCAAAGGACUCGUCGUUCGUGGUCCAGCAACUGGGUUUAGGCCACGUGCUCGGCCGAAAGGAAAUAAACCGACGGAUCCGUCUCCGAACCGUCAUGAACAAGUCCCGAGACGGUAAAAAUACUUCGGCACUCUUGAAGCAUUAUUUCGGCCAACUCGACGAGCCAAUGCUGGACAAACUUCUAGAGAUCUACGGCACAGACUUCGAGAUGUUUGGCUACGACUCAGACGUUUAUCGGCUCUACGUAAGGAAGUAAAUGUGUUAAUUAGAAUAUAAUGGACUCACUCGAUAA